AUGAGCUGUAAUCAGUUACGUGCUCGACAACAAAACACGUUGAUUAGACGAAUUGGCAUUGCCACGGUCAAUCGGAACUGCCUGUCCCAGUCCCAACAUACUGCAUUGCUGUCAACGCCCAAAGGGUGGACGCCGCACGGUUUGAGUUUCAUAAUAAAAAAAUGUCGGAAAACAGGUGGGCUGGCUGCGAAUGGCCGUCAUCGUGAGACCGGAAAGCACACAUUCUUUGACGUAAACACGACGAUUUGGCCUCAUUUCGUAAAACAAUUUCUACAAAGUGCAGAAUACAAUUUAGCUCCAGCCACAAGGAUAAUAUUAACAAAAAUUUUACCCUCGAGAGUGAACUUUUCUGACCCGAAAUGGUCCAGCUACAGAAACACUCAAACGGAGUUAUGUCAUUUUUUGAGCAAUUUGAAUCCAGACUGUGAUUCAAUUAAUUGGAAGGGAGAUUUUUUCAGAACUUUAACAUCUUUGAUAUUUAAUUAUAUGGUCCAAGUACUUUGUAGUGGUCGGAUAUCAAAGAAACAAAAAAUGGCACAUGUGAUUCUAAAGAAGAUUAAUAAUGUAACCAACGAAUACGUGUUACUUAACUCACCAGACAAUUUUCUACAAGGGGUUCAAAUAUUUGUAGCCAAUAUGCUAUCUCCAUGGCUAGAGAAACCCAUAAAUUAUAUCUGCAGUAAAGCCACUAGUAAUAAAGAUUCAAUGAACAAUAACACGGAUAACGAAAUUGAAAAUCAAAAAAUUGGUAUUGAAACAAAAGAUUCAAAAACCAAUGAAUUAAGUAAAAAUAAAACAAAUAGACUUAAAUUAAAAACCGCAAAAAAAUCAAAAAUUAACCCAAAAUCAAAAAUAGGUAAAUUUACAAAAACCAUCAAUAAACGCAGAUUGUCUUCGCAAAACUCAUACAAAGCUACAAAAAUAAUAAAAACGAACAGAAAACCGAAAAAAGGUUUAAAACUUUUCCCAGUGAUUACUGCGGUAGAUGACUCAGAGAAAAUAAUUGAAAACCAUGAAAUAUUAUCGAAUUCCGUCCUUGUAAGGCAUCCAGCUAGUAAAAAUAUUAUUAAGAAGAAAAUAAAAAAUAAUAAAAAGUCAAAUCACUUUAAGAAUGAAAAUAACCAGAAAUCCAAAAAAAGCAAAAGUUCAAAAACCUUCGUUAAAGGCAGCCUGUCUUCGCAAAGCUCCAAAAAAGUUACAAAAACAAUAAAAACAAACGGAAAAUCAAAAAAAGGUAUGAGAUUUACCCCAGUGAUUGCUGCUGUAGAUGACUCAGAAAAAAUAAUUGAAAACCAUGACGUAUUAUCGAAUUCCGUCCUUGUAAGGCAUCCAGGCAGUAAAAGUACAAUUAAGAAGAAAAUAAAAAAUAACAAGAAGUCGAAUGACAUUAACAGUGAAAAUAACCAGAAAUCCAAAAAAAGUAAAAUUUCAAAAACCAUUGUUAAAGGCAGCUUGUCCUUGCAAAACCCCAAUAAAGCUACAAAAAAAAAAAUUAACGGAAAAUCGAAAAAAGGUUUGAGAUCGGUGACAGUAAUUGCUGCAGAUGAAUCAGAGAAAAUUAGUAGAAACAAUCAAAUGUUAUCAAAUUCUGUCCUCGUAAAGCAUUCAGUUAGUAAAAAAGUAAGCAAGACGAAAAUAAUAAGUGAAAAGAACUCAAACAUUCUUGAGGAUGUUAGCAACACUAAUGGUGAGUACACAAAUGUGGAAAAUGGUAAAAAUGAAUUGAUGACAGGUAAUGAACAGUUAACAAAAUCAACAAAACAAUUACAAAAUUACGAUACAUUUGAAGCAGACAGCAAUGGCGUUAAGAAAAACAAAUUCAUUAACGACGAUGUAGAAUCACUCAGACAAGCUACAGACGCAGAGAAUACUCACGCUAUGAUCGACACGACUCACGAUGAAAGAAAUGACGAUGGUCAAAGAAUUGAAACAGUGAAAAUUCGUUUGAAAUCACAUUAUGAUGGUGAUGGUAAAUUGUUAUUAUCAAAACACGGAGAUAAGCCGACAACUACGAUACCAAACAGAAUAUCGGAUAGCCAUUAUUAUAAUGCAAACGAAGAUGACGGAAUACUGAAUGUGACGGAUUAUAGUAGACAUUCAGUAACGAAGGCCAAUGAUUUGUCGGGAGAAAAUGAUAUUAACAUAUUGAGAAGCGAAGAAUUAAUAAAAUAUAAUGACAAAACUUCGAUUGACGUUGAUGAUGAUGGUUAUAGUGACGUCAAUACAGACCAUGAUAAUGGUUUUGACGAUGAUGACGGGCAUCGUAUUAUAAUUAUGAACGAAGAUGGGGAAGAAUUCGAAUCUCGCAUUCUGGACGAUCUUGCAAACGUAGUUUUGAAUAGUUCGCCGGCAGGUUGGAAUAAUAAACACGAUGAUGGUAUCACAGCUACGGAAUCAAGAGGAGACGAAUCUAAAAGAAAUUGUUUUCAAAUAUGUUCAGAUGGUUUUGCACAGAGAUUACUAGCGGAUACUUUUAGAAAUAAAGCAUUGACACGUCGGGAAGUUUUUGAUCAAAGUACAGGAGUUGCCUAUAAUAUUUGUAAAAAAGAUGGCAGCAAUUACAGUGUUCGCAAGACAAUACUGCCACAAAUCAAAAAUAAAGAUCUUCAAUGUACCAUGUGUCCAUUAGAUAAAUCCAAAUUAGUAGUUAAUACAUUAAUUGAACUGAAGGAUUAA